AUGGCGUCCUUGGUCUCGCGCAGUAAAACGAGGAUUUGCCAUAGGCGCGUUUCCAAAGCAUCGAGACCAAUCGAGUCAUUUUAUGCGACGGCAAACUUUUCUCCAGCCCUCUUCGAGCGACAUCAUCCUGUUCUUGCUACCCCGCGCAAGAACGAUUCGGCUUCUGGCGUUCCAGCGCCAGCCACCAUCGUUGUUAGUGUUAUGGACGCCGUUUUGAUUUUGCGGAAGCUCGCGACGUUGUGCCUACUGCUCGUUGAGUGUAAGGAAUAUGAAAGAAUAGAUCAGGAUGUGGCGCUCGCUCCGACGCCCGCGAUGCUACAGUUAUGUUGGCCCUGA